CUGAAGUGCGCACUGUGUCCGCUGGGCGGCAGUGUAGGACAGUAGAAAGAUGGCGUCUCUCCAAAGAGAAGCAGCUGAUCUCCUCUGCACGGCAGCACUAACGCAGAUCUAAUAAACACGACGCCCACGGAGCUGUCUGCGUUCACACCACCGCAUGCCUGUGUGGGAAUGAUGUAGCAAAAUAAAAAGGACACGGCGUACCUGGUAUUUGUGUGUCCUUAGCCCGAGCGGAGCGGUGCUGUCAGGCUGAAGAAGCGAGUGUCGCAGCAGCCUGUGGCGCUUCCCUACGCUCUGUUUAUCUCUCUACUACGGGCUUCAUGCUUUUCCAUGGCGCUGGACGCGACAACAGCAGGCCAUUCAACCCCUGCACCGUGCUUUGAGGUACUUGGAUCAAACAUGAACACCAGUCCCUGUCAGUGAGACCCCCAGCUCCGCCAUCUCUCUGUCGCCUGGCCGCACGCCCUUUAAUCCACUUCAGGAGCUCAUCCUCCGCCUCGGUUCCAGCGACAACCAUCACGGAGCUGAGCCAGGUGUCUAGUGGUGAAGAUGACGACAGCACGAUAUCGGCCCACCUGGGAGCUGGCCGCAGACCCCCUGGUAUCCUGUAAGCUGUGCCUUGGGGAGUUCCCUUUGGAGCAGAUGACCACCAUUUCCCAGUGCCAAUGUGUCUUCUGUACACUGUGCCUGAAGCAGUACGUGGAACUCCUGAUUAAAGAAGGUCUUGAGACUGCUAUUAGCUGCCCUGACUCUGCCUGCCCCAAACGAGGACACCUGCUGGAAAACGAGAUUGAGUGCAUGGUGGCCACAGAAAUGAUGCAGAGAUACAAGAAGCUUCAGUUUGAAAGAGAGGUGCUCUUGGACCCCUGUCGGACAUGGUGCCCCUCCUCCUCGUGCCAAGCCGUAUGCCAGCUGCAGGAGGCAGACUCUCCUCCUCGGCCCCAGCUCGUGCAGUGUGCUGUCUGCACUCUGGAGUUCUGCUCAGCCUGUAAGGCCAACUGGCACCCAGGACAGGCCUGCCGUGAGAGCCUGCCCAUCGCCACCUUCCUCCCAGGGGAAAACAGCUCUUUAUACAAGAAUGAGGAGGAUGAUGCACCCAUUAAGCGCUGCCCCAAAUGCAAAGUGUACAUAGAGCGCGAUGAAGGCUGUGCACAGAUGAUGUGCAAGAACUGCAAACAUGCAUUCUGCUGGUAUUGCCUGGAGUCCCUCGACGAUGAUUUCCUCCUGAUCCACUACGACAAAGGGCCCUGUAGAAACAAACUGGGCCACUCCCGGGCCUCGGUCAUCUGGCACAGAACACAGGUGGUUGGGAUCUUUGCAGGCUUCGGCCUCCUGCUCCUGGUAGCCUCUCCAUUCCUGCUGCUGGCCACACCUAUCGUGUUGUGCUGUAAAUGCAAGUGCAAUAAAGGGGAUGAUGACCCACUGCCUACCUAACACCGACAGCUCACUCCAGGCACUGCAGUUUCUCCCUCCUUUUGUUUUCCACCUGCUUCAUGUGCUUCUGUUUGGGCUGUACCACAAGGAGCAGGACCUCAGGAGUGAGGUGAAGAUUGUCUGAGCUCAUUUGGAGACUCUGUGUGCUGGGCUUUAGGUGAUUUUGGGAGAUCAGGACAGGACCAUGUCCAGGCCCUGGUGUGUCCCAGUGAUUACAUCAGCAGAUAUUUUAUAUGCAGCAUUUCUGUUCAGAACAUCUACUCUGUGGCUUUUAUUGUAAGCAACAACAGUUCUUCUCCACCACCACAGUUUGAUGUAGCUCCGAGACUGCAUCCGUAGCAUUCGAGUCACCCUAUGGGCAGGUGGGUGUGGGGUCACACAGAACAUGGUCUUACUUUUGUCCUGGUGGUGGUGCUCUUGUUCAUGUUCAUGUACAGCACGUUCCUUGAUGAUGUCAUUAUUUUUAAAUUGGCAGAACAGUGGACAGUGAAAACACUUUUAAAUGGUUAAAACUUCAAUUAUUUUUAUUCUGCUGUGUUGGAGAGUGCUGGUUGUUUCCCUUGGGCAUCUCUGGAUUAUGUGAAUUUUGAGGAACACAGUACUUUUAUUUCACAUGUCAGUGUCAGCUUGUUUUGGAUUUAUGGACAAGAUUUCACUUUACUGUUUUAAAUCUUUUCUAGUGCCAUCUCCGUGUGUUCUUCCUGUCCUUGCCCUGAAAGUGAAAACCAACACACAGAUGGGAAUUUUGUUUUAAUUUGACUGAAAGUUUUUUCAUCCUAUUCAGUCCCCUAAACCAGAACUUUUUGCAAAUGAUGAAGAAAACCAAAACAAAACCACACCUUCAUAAAAACAUAAACCAUUCUGGUUUGGACCUGACAGAACCAGCUUUGAACCAACCAUUCUUUACACUAUUGUCCUUUUAGCUUGCACUGUGUUUGUUUGAAUGCAGUAGAAAUGUGUUAACGAAGUGCAUUACCGUUGGAGCAGCCGAAUAUACAUCCCCAGUUCAUACCUGGCAGGAUUAGCCAAAUAGAAAAAAAAGUAGCCUUAAAAAGAGACUAGCCAAAACCUGGCAAUUUCCAUGUGGGGUCUGAAGUUUCCCAGGGAAGGCCUGUGGAUGCAUGUGCACUCCUUAGCCCUUUAUACUCCUAUGAUUGAAUGAUGUCCUUCAGAUGCCACUGAUGGUGGCUAUACUCUACAGGUGUUUUUAUUUGGGUUUUAUUUAGUGAUAGUUUUCAAAUAAGAUGUCUGCAUUUUCCCCAGUCACAACAUGAGAUACAUAAUUUACUGCACGCCCUAGCUCCAGGUGCAAACUUAUCAUUGCUACUAGUUGGUGUGAGCCACAGUGAGCCGCCAACAAGUUGAAAAGUCAAACUGCUUCUGUUCUCUGGCUAAUUCUGUGAAUACUGAUUUCACAAGAAUAUUUAAAAAAUAAUGCUAUUUUGCCUUGCCUCUAUUUUGGCAAGGUUGGUGAAUUAUCUCAUGAUGCUCUUGGUCAAAUUGUGACUGAUACACAAAGGCAAAGCCAAAUCCUCAGCCCCUCAAGCCACACCUACACAUAUUUCCAUCAUUGGUUCGUCUGACUCCAGGCAGUUAUACAGUGAAGCCUCUGGUUAGGUCAACAUGCCUCCUAGGCCAUAGCUCCAUGAGGCUUGCCGUGUAUGCUUUUAGGUAAUUUCUGAAUAUGUGAGGUGUUUUGUUUAGAGACAAAUUAUCUAACAUGUUUACUGUAUGACACACGGAAGAGGUUGGAACAAUGUACAGGGAUUGGUCGUAAACAUUGCUUAUACUGCCACGUGAUGCAGAAUCUUCUGAUAUGCAACCUUCUCCUACAGCAGGGCCAACCGUGGCACAGCGCUCGGACACUCCCAAGGGCUGCAGCACAACUCCUCUCCUGCACUCUCUGCCCCCCUCUGAGCCUGUCUCACUCUGUCUCUAUGAAAUCUGUUGGUUGUAUACCCGUUUGUAAAAUGGCAGUUUUGUUCAUUAUAAACAUCCAACCUGUUUAAA